UGUUUGCUCACGACAUUGCCAAAUACGACCUCUGUCUCUCACCGUAAUGGCUACACCAUCGACCGUCUUCCGAGGGACGACAUUCGAAAAUCGCUCCCUGGCCAUCCUCAAGAAUGUCUUUGGCAUGGCCCUGCGACGCGUUGGCGGCAAGAAUGACGGCGGCGUCGACCUCGUAGGCUGGUGGGGCCUUCCAACCGCAACCCCAGGGACGUCCACGAACAGACUACGAGUCAUCGCCCAGUGCAAGGCAGAGAAGAAGAAAUUCUCUCCACGAUAUGUACGAGAAAUGGAGGGCGUCGCGUGGAGGUACGGGUCGAUACAAGCAGAGGAAUCCGAGUCUGCACCUCCUCCAAUGCCACUGCCAGAAGACGACCAAAAUACAGGUCCUCUCAUCGCCCUUCUCCUCUCCGAGAGCACGUUUACCAAAGCGACUCUUCUCCGUGCCCAGUCUUCGCCAGUCCCGUUUAUGCUCGCGCAAAUACUCAACGAAGAGGAGAUGAAGGAUAUAGAUGCACCCAUUGCUGGUAUUACAUGGAACGUCGCGCUGCGUAAUCUGAUGGAAGGAUACGAACUUCGAUGGGAAGUCGGUGGCUCGGCACAGGAUAGCGAAGCCAGACCGAGUUUAUGGCACAAGGGCCAAAGAGUUAUCGUUGGAGCUGAGGAAUGACCGUACCUCACCCCCGGCUGCUUACAAGUCAAUCGACACAUUCUUACCAGAAGAUUUUGCGACUUUGAUUCUAACAGCGCACAAUAUAUCAGAGUGAAGUGCUACCUCAGUCGCAAGGUGUAUUUGGAACAUCUCUUCUUGGACGCUGGCAUCAGAGGGUUCGUCGGACGGUAUCAUAUGUCUAAUUAUAAUCUGUACUUUGUAAUAUGCGCGCAGGCCACUGCCGGAUUGGCGACAGCAAUCCUCCCGGCGUCUCUUUCAAUAACAGAAAAUACAGACACUAUCU